GAUUAAGGAACUUUGUGAGUUGGCUGGUAUUCAAAAGAUACGUACUACACCAUACCAUCCAAGGGGGAAUCCAGUUGAGCGUUUCAACAGGACCCUGUUGAAUAUGUUGGGUACGCUUGAUAACAAGAAAAAGAGCCAUUGGCGGGAAUAUGUCAAGCCUUUAGUACAUGCUUAUAACUGUACUAAAAAUGAGGUCACUGGCUUCACCCCCUAUGAACUUAUGUUCGGGCGGCAACCAAGAUUGCCGGUUGAUUUGGCCUUCGGCCUACCAGUCACUCAUCAGUCUGUGUCACACUCACAAUAUGUUCGCAGUCUGAAAUCACACCUCGAAGAGAGCUACAGAGUAGCAACAGAAAUGGCAAGGAAAACGGCAGAUCGCAAUAAAGCAAGAUUUGACAAACAGGUUGUCGAAUCCACUUUGGAAGCAGGUGACAGAGUUUUGGUUAGAAAUGUUCGGCUCAGAGGCAAGAACAAGCUGGCUGACAAGUGGGAGUCAGAUGUGUAUAUUGUAGUGAGACAGUCAGGUGACAUUCCAGUCUAUGUUGUGAGGCCUGAGACUAAAGAUGGCCCAUUAAGAACUCUCCACCGUGAUUUGUUAUUACCUUGUGGAUUCCUUUCUGCUACCUCAGCUGAAAUUGAGAACCCUGUAAAGGAAAAACCCAGGCGACCAAAGACUCGUCAGUACUCAAGGACUGACAAUUCAGAUCACUCAGAGGAGCGAGAAUCUGAUUCAGGAGAUAGCUACCCUUUCCUCUAUGGUUACAGGGAUAUAAUGGUGGAAACUGCAGACCCCCGUCAUACCCCUGUGGUUGGUCCAUCACUUAUGGUUGGCAGCACACCUGAACCACCUCAUGUGCCUGUAGUUGAACAGGCCUCAGACAUAGUUCCUCAUUGCACCACUCCAAGAGCAACUGCUGUGACUAACCUACCCAAUGUGAGCCUAGAGGAUAGCACCUUGCACAAACUGAGUUCUUUGGAGGUAAAUCCACCAGAAACCAAUCCAGUCGAGAACGACACACUUGGAACAGACUCUGACGAGAGGACUUUCCCAGGCCAAGAUGCUGAAACACACAGCCAAUCUGAGGAAGAUCGAGUUAGCACUCCUCCAGACACAAACCAUGAUGAAACUAGACAAACUGAUCAUACUGGAGACUGUGACAAUGACUAUUUAAGGAGAUCUACCAGACGCAGAGUACCUGCACAGAGACUGACUUAUCCCGAGCUGGGGAACCCAUUGGUCACAGUAGUCCAAUCAUUAUUCCACAGUUUAAGUGCAGUGAUUACAGACUCUUUGAAUGAGCCUACACAAUCUAGAGUGUUGACAGUGUAAUUAUGUCAUGCACAGGGACGUGCAUGGGAAAAGGAGGGGAGGAUGUAACCCAGGUUACAAAUAUUGCAGUAAUGCAAUAGAAAAUCGUCACACUAAAUUACAUUAAAUAUUAAGUUUUAAUUAUAUAAUUUAUGUUGCAGAUAACUUGUAAAAGAAGGUUGAAACAUUAGUAUUAAGCUCACCAAACAAAAAGUGAGUUGUGGGUAUGCCCCUUUAACGUGCCCUUCCCCCCUCUUCCUGUGAGCGUAGUGUUGGAGGAAAAAACAGUUAGCGAUACCAGAGAGGUGAUGUAGCUGUGUGGAUCGAGAACAUUUUCCCUGGAAAUACGGAGGUUUUCUGAUCCAAAGGGAAAUCAGUGACUAUUGAGAGCCUAAGAACAAUAACCAGAGAAGUUUUGGCCAGGUUUUUAGUGUGUGCUUCAGUUGUCGGGAAGAGCUUUCUGGGUGUCGGACGAGGCCUGGAUCUCUCUCUCCCUUUUCUUCGUGCGGUGGCUGCAGACGACCCGCACACACACACACAGGAUAUUGGAUGGCGAGCCUGACCCAUGAGACUCGAGCUUAAAGACUGACAGCAACCGGAUCGACAGAAUACGGUUUGAUAUUGCUCAUAUAGUGAGACAAUUUUGUGUGCUUCUGCUUGCUGCUUUAUGGCAGCAGGAUUCCGGAUUUCCCCUUUUCUGAUCUGAAUUGAACUAUUGAACUGAACUGGAUCAAUCUGAAUUGAACUAUUGAACUGAACUGGAUCAAUCUGAAUCGAACUAUUGAACUGAACUGGAUCAAUCUGAAUCGAACUAUUGAACUGAACUGAAUUAAUCUGAAACUGUUGAACUGAAUCCAAGUUAUUGUAUUGAAUACUGUUAUAUUUCAUGCUGUUGUUGUGUUAAAGUGGGUUCUACUCAUACUCAAUUGGUAUUCUGAGUUGAGUGCGAUCUAUUUGACAUUAAUUGUAAGUGUUCCUGUUUAAUGCUUUUUGUUUUAUUAAAAGUGCCGGCUUUCCAUUUAAGGGUCCCUGGUUCUGGUCUCUUCACUGUGCUUUGCUCCACUGCUCCAGCGAACCUAGAACUGGUCCAGUAGCUCAUACAUCUGUCUGAUUGUGACACA